CUAAACAUUUCGUUUUGAUUUGGGAGUGUUACAGAGGUUAGAAAAUAUAAAUAUAUUCGGUAUGGUGGUUAAUUGAGCAAUAUAAACAUGUUAUACGAAUGUAAAUACUUUGGAUAACGUGUAUACAUAAAAAGUGGGUUUCCGCUUAAAAUGGGCUGCAGUAACAGCACCAGUGUCCGUCGAUCAACCUUCAAGCCUUCCAGUCGGCCAUGUAAGACGGGCUAUAUGGUUUACAGUGAUGGAAGCAACAAGUGGAAAAAGGUGUUCGUGGUGCUGUUCCAGGACUCCAUGAUUGCCUGGUUCGAGUCGCCGAAGAAGAAGACCCCCAUAGCGUAUACCGUGCUUAAGGACGUCUGCAGCAUGCUGGUAGUGGGACCCGUCUGCAAGCGGAUCCCUAACUCUCCCCAGAAGAUCCCCAAGAAGUUAAGCUUCAGUUACAUGAUAGCGUUCCCGCAGUAGGUCCAGCAAGGGACGCCUUGGGGAACCAUAGCCAUUCCUUUGCAUUUCUUUUUGUGUCCCAACGGGGAUGCCAUGGGGUCAUGGAUGACAAAUAUAUCUGCCGUGUUACCACCUCCUGUGGCGAGCAAUCAGAAUAUGAACGGGCAUCCCCCGCCCCCGGCGUAUUCUAACGGGGCUCCCCCGCCUCCAUACAGCGCCGUCACCCCAAGCGUCCCGCAGUACCAACAGCCGCCCGUGAUGAAACCUGGUCACCAACAGACGACGAUUAUAAGCAACGGAUACCAAAAGCACGGGAGAAAAAGCUCGAGCGGUGGUCAAGACUUCACUCAUGGAUUUCUGGCCGGCGCCGUUUUAGGGUACGGUUUCGGCGGCCCGUGGCGUUGGGGAUGGGGCUGGGGUUGGGGCUACCAUCCUGGGUUCGGUUGGGGAUAUGGAGACUAUGAUAUGGACGUUGACGUCGAUGUUCACGUUGACGUUGAUAACGUCGACAUAUGCGAUGACGCGGCAGACUUUGGAGGGGGCGAUUUCCAGGAUUACGACCCGGGGCAAGGGGACGUAAAUUUAGAUGCCGACGGCGGGGGCUAUGGCGGUGACGACAGUGGCGGUAGCGCAUGCGGCGGUGGUGAUAGCGGUGGUGAUGGUGGCGGUGGUUGUGGUGGAGGCGGCGAUGAUGGUGGCGGCGGAGAUGGUGGUGGUGGCGGUGGUUGCGGCGGCGGAGGCGAUGGUGGUGGCGGCGGCGGUUGUGGUGGUGGAUGUGGUGGAGGUUGUGGCGGUGGCUGUGGUGGUUAGAGAUACUUGGAAUGACAAUGAAAUGCGUCGAUGACUUCACGUAUUUUUUAGAGAAAAAUCAUUUACGAGUGUGUAUUUGCUGCUAUCCGCAGACUAUUUGACACAAGAAUUUGAAAAAAGCAGCUUUAUGUGAUCUGUGAUAUGGUAUUUUAUAUUAUUUUUUAUAUUCGAUGCACAUUUUAUUUUGAAAUAUAUUAAAUACAGUUUGAUUCCGUCCCUAAUUAUAUUUUUCAAGCAAUGGAAGUAUAUACUGGUAUAAAAAGUAUAUAUACUAUCUAGUGUUUCAAUAAAAAUCAACUCACAUGUGUAUUAUUAGAUUUAUAAUAUAGCACGUAACCAG